AUGCCGCUGGAGCCCCUUGGUUUAGUUGGGCUCACUCAAUCUGCUGCAUGCUGGCCACGUGUUGGUUGCGGUGUCCAAGAGGAUAGGAGGAAAGUCGAGGGUAAAGGGGAGUUUUCUGGAUCUUCUGACUUGUUAGAAGCCCUAUUGGAAGGGGAAUUCGCCAGAAUUGCGACCGCACAAACUGUAACUUCUAUUUCGGCCCUUUUGCAGUCUGUCCAGAUCAAUAAAUGCUCGCUCGAUUGUGCCGAAAUAAGUAUUAGACUGGACAUUGGCUGGUCAUGA